AUGUAUAAAAGUCUAAAUCAUCAUUAUCAUCAUUUGAUACUCAUCAUAAUAUUAUGUAUAUUAAAUGUAUAUGGUCAAUUUGUGCCAGAAUCUCGAGUGGGGCAUUCGGCAGUUUACGUUGAAUCUGAACGUAGAAUAUAUUAUAUAGGAGGAUUUAAAUCAAUACCAACAGAACCGGAAACUAUGAGUGACUUUUUUUAUCUUGAUGUUAAUAUACCAAACUUAUCAAAUUUAAAUUAUUUAACAUUUUCAGAUUUAAAAAGUCAAGUGAACUUACCAUUAUCAAUAUUUCAUAUUUCUGAAUUAGGAGGUGUUAAUAAAGAUUUGAUAUUUAUUUUAGAAGGUGUACAUUGGAAUGAUUCAGAAACAAAUUACAUUUAUAGUUUUAAUACUAAAACAAAUGAAUUAAGUGUGCCUAUAGUUCAAGGAAAGGUUCCACCAACACGUAAAGGAAUUUCUUCUGUCAUCUAUGAAGGAAAAAUCUAUUUAUUUGGUGGUCAUAAUGGUGCUGACGUUGAUGCUUUAUAUUAUAAUAAUUUUGAUGUUUUUGAUACAAUUAAUUUAAAUUGGCAAGUUGGUAGCUUAAUUAAUUCUCCAGUUACCAGAACCUUAUAUUCGGCUAUAUUAGUUAAUGGGAUUAUUUAUUACAUUGGCGGUAAAACACAAGUUAACGUUUAUACUCCAUUAACCGAGAUCUAUCAAUAUGACGUUGUAGGAAAUACAUGGUCUUUAAAGAAAGCUACGGCUGCAGAUCCAAUGAUUAUGCCAGGUUCUAGAGCUGGCCAUACUUCCAUUUUAAUGGACGGAAAAAUUAUCAUAUAUGGGGGAUUUUUUUCUUCUGAUGUUACACCAUAUAAUUUACCAGCUAAAGAAACGAUCGCGAUGUUGGAUGUUAAUACAUUAGUAUGGUCAAUACCAGCAUUUGAUCUUAGGGAAAAUAAUCCAAUUCCAAAACUUGCUUUUCAUACUGCUACAGCGGUGAAUACAAUUAUGUUUAUCGCUUUUGGAAAUUUUACGGACAAACCAAAUAGGAUUGAUCAAACCAAUAAAAUAAUUUAUGCAUUUUUAUUUGGUAAAUCACAAAUUUCAUCGUAUCCUCUCUUGGUAUUUGGACAAACUAAUGAAACACAACUACAACUUCCAACUUCUACAAAUACCAAUAUAAACCCACAACAAUCUUUAUUAAGUAAAGUGGUGAUUAUUGGUAUAUCAAUUGGUUCAGUAUCAAUUGUUUUAAUAAUACUCGCAGCAUUAUCAAUAGCUUAUAAACGUGCGAAGAAAAAUAAAUUACAAUUGGGUGUACCUAAUGAUCAGAACUCUUUAAAUGGAGUUCAAAUUAAUGAUGAUAAGUAUCAUUCUGAAUAUCAAAAAUAA